AUAACAAAAUAAUUGUUUACUUAUGUAUUCAGUGGUCGGAAUGUCUGUGAUCUGCCGCUUGUUCUAGAUUCAGAACCCUGUAAAUACUCAGGAGGUCUGGACAAUGACGGAGAAUCUCACGGUCCUGGUACAAUCAACUUUCAGAAAACUGGUACUUUUCAGGGUGUAUUUUCUCAUGGGUUGGAGAACAGAGAAGGGUUUAGGUAUCUACCCGGAGAUAUUGCUAAAAUAUCAGGAACCUGGAUAAGAGGAAAACUAGAGGGAUAUGCUAGAACAGAGAUGCUGACUGGAGAAUGGUUUGAAGGAGUUUAUAAGGACGGAGAGAGACAAGGAUUCUUCAGGGAGUUUGGUAUAGAUAAUCAUUUAAAGGAAUUUACCCGCUAUCAAAGAAACAAAAGGGUUGGAUGGACCUACGAAGGAAAACUAGGAGGGGGAUAUUUGAUAGGCUUGUUGGAUCAUGAUGGAAAGAUGACAGGGGAUAAUAUUAUCUACAUGUAUCCUGACUUCCGAACCGGGCUCAGGGGAAGUUUUCAAGAUGGUGUUAUGAUAUCUGCUCAACUGUCUACCAUUCUAUCUAGUGAGGAGGUGGAUGGAGUAUGUAUACCUGUACUGAGUGAACCUAAAAGUGAAGAUAUUUACUUCUUUGAUCCAGCUACAAGUACGAGAAUAUCUAGACAGCCCUUACUCCAGGAUCCUUGGGAGAGAAGUUUAGUAGAAGUGAAGAUGAGUAAACUAGAUCAGGCUGGACAUGGUCUCUUCGCCAGGGAAGAGAUACCGAAGAAAACAGUGGUAGCUCUGUUUGCAGGGAUACGAUUAAAGGAGCACCAGUUAGCGAAACAUAAGAAAUCUAACUAUAGGAUAAUACUAAACUCAGCUAUUAAUCUUGAUAUUCCUCAGGAUUGUAUUUGUAUAUCAAAUUACUGUGCCACAUUAGCCCAUAAGGCCAACCAUUCUUUUACUCCAAACAGUGAAUGGUCAAUCUUUGAACAUCCAAGAUUUGGACUUAUCCGAGCCAUAUCUGCUAAACAAGAUAUCCAGGUUGGAGAGGAGAUAUUGGUAAACUAUAAUAUAGAACUAUCUACAGCUCCUGAGUGGUAUAGAAUACUCUGGUUAAGGCAUCUAAUGGAAGACAAGCACUGGACUUUACAGGACGUUGAAAGAUUUAUGGACCGACAUUAUGAUCUUUCAUUUAAAAAGAUUCCACUUCCAACCUCACUAAUAUUACAGGUACCUACCCCUUUCGGAGCUUCAACAGAAGAAGAAGAAGAACAAGCGGUAGAGGAAGAAGAAGAAGAAGAAGGAAAAGAAGAAAAAUAUGGAGAACGAAAAGAAAUAGAAGAGAAGUAGGACUAUACAUGAAGUAGAAUCUAGGAAAGGAAAAAGGAUGAAGACUGAAACAAAUUUGUGGCAAAUUUGUUCAUUGAAAUAAAAACCAACAAUUAACUUGAAAUAUUGUAAGUUCUCCGUGAUCAAAGAAGUAUAUAACCAUGUGUUAAUUUUUUUAGUGGAUUACAUUUCUAUCAUUCUU